AUGUCUAAAGAUCUAGUACAUAGAAAACGUUUUUCAAAUAGUCCAGUAGAUAGUGAAGAAAACUUAACGACAAAUGAUUAUGCAUUAAAACGACAUCGUAAUAAUAUUGCUGUUAAUAAAACAAGAGAAAAAAAAAAGUUGGAGAUGUCAAUUACGAGUGAAAAAAUGGAAGCAAUGAGAGCAGAAAAUGCUGAAUUAGAAAAACAUGUAGAAAAAUUAAAAACUAAACUUGCUACAUUAAAAGAAAUGAUGACAGUAUAUAAUAAAAAUCGUCAGGAUUUAAAAACAAUCUCUCAACCUGAUAAAGCAAAUAUAUAA